AUGAAAUCCUCGCGCAGAUUUGACGAUGUACCGCUUCCGAGCGAUGAGGACUUGACCUCGUCGCCACCACCAUUCACUCCCCCUCCUCUCCCUCAACUCACAAACUCCCCACAAACAAUCCCAGACUCCUGCCUCUCGCUCUCCAUCCCUCUCCUCCGCGCCCUACACGCCCUCCUACCCCCAGCACCGUCCCUCACUCUCUCCAUAGGCAGCGGCACCGGCCUCGUCGAGGCUCUUCUCCAGUCCCUCCCGGACGCCCCGCCUCUCAACCUCGUGAGCGUCGAAGUCGCGCCCAGCCCGAACAAGUAUCACCGCCCGCACCACACCGUGCCGGGUACCUGGGCCGUUGAGGGCCUGGCGAGGGAGGCGGCGGCGUGGAUGUUUGUGUACCCGAAGCAGGUGGCGCUGGUGAGGGAGUAUAUGCGGCUGUUUGUGGAGGGGCCUGGGCCGGAGGUUGUGGUUUAUGUCGGGCCGCGGAUGGACUGGGGAGAUUUUGGGGGCGCGCUGGAAGGUGGUGGGAGGGAGGUUGAGGUUUGGGGGGAGGAGAGGAUGGAGGAGGUUGGGGGGCGCGGGUGGGAGGUUGUUGCGGUCAAGAGGAGGACGGAGAGGUGA